UUAACUCCCGGGACAACCGAUCCCGCGAGCAAUGCGUUAGUUUUUAAUCCGAGCGCAAGGACGCCCGUGACGAAGCAAACCGAGCCCCGAGCCUGCGAGACGGAGACCGUGGCACGAUGUUGAAGCUAUUAUGGAAUACCACUUUAGUGGUACUUAUCGCUUCCUGCCAUGCAGGCGAAAGAAGUAAAAGAGCGAUUGAUAGUGCUUCGAAAAAUUUUGGAAGUUUUCAAGGUUAUGAUUAUCCAGUGCCAAGCCAGCCAUUUAGGUUGCCACUCAGAGGAGUAGAAGCUGCUCCUCAGCCAUCACUUGUAACAUCGAUACCAACGAACCCUUUUCAACCAAGGCCAUCGCCAACUCCCCAAAAUGUGGUUAAUCCAUAUGAAUUUUCCAAAACGGAAAAACCAGUGCAGCCAGUUAAACCGAUUAAACAACCAGUGUCUCUAGGUCAACAGAUCGACGGAUAUGUUUAUUCAAAACCACCAACAUCGCAAACUUUUCAACCACCGAGAACACCGCCACCUCAGCCAAAGCCACCAGUAACUAAUUACACACCAUCACCUCAACCGAAACCUGUGUUAACUAAUCAGCAGACUGGAGGAUAUGUUUAUCCGAAACCAUCGACACUGCAACCUUAUCAACCGCAGCCAACUUUAUCUCCACAACCGAAACCUGUGUUAACUAAUCAACAGACUGGAGGAUAUGUCUAUCCAAAACCAUCAACGUCGCAACCCUUUCAACCACCGAGAACGCCGCCACCUCAGCCGAAACCACCAGUAACUAAUUACAGACCAUCGCCUCAACCGAAGCCUGUGUUAAAUAAUCAACAGACUGGAGGAUAUGUCUAUCCAAAACCAUCAACGUCGCAACCCUUUCAACCACCGAGAACGCCGCCACCUCAGCCGAAACCACCAGUAACUAAUUACAGACCAUCGCCUCAACCGAAGCCUGUGUUAAAUAAUCAACAGACUGGAGGAUAUGUCUAUCCAAAACCAUCAACGUCGCAACCCUUUCAACCACCGAGAACGCCGCCACCUCAGCCGAAACCACCAGUAACUAAUUACAGACCAUCGCCUCAACCGAAGCCUGUGUUAAAUAAUCAACAGACUGGAGGAUAUGUCUAUCCAAAACCAUCAACGUCGCAACCCUUUCAACCACCGAGAACGCCGCCACCUCAGCCGAAACCACCAGUAACUAAUUACAGACCAUCGCCUCAACCGAAGCCUGUGUUAAAUAAUCAACAGACUGGAGGAUAUGUCUAUCCAAAACCAUCAACGUCGCAACCCUUUCAACCACCGAGAACGCCGCCACCUCAGCCGAAACCACCAGUAACUAAUUACAGACCAUCGCCUCAACCGAAGCCUGUGUUAAAUAAUCAACAGACUGGAGGAUAUGUCUAUCCAAAACCAUCAACGUCGCAACCCUUUCAACCAUCAAGGACAUCGCCAACUCAAACAAGACCACCACUAAUUAAUGCAGAACAAAAUGCAAUAAAAGCAAAACCUACGUCCAGCAUUUUUACAUCAACUGCUCAAAGGCAAUCUCCUGCUACUGGAUAUGGCUAUCCAAAACCUGAAAUACAAUUUAAUCUUCCUUCUCAAAAACCAAAUCAAUCUCUUGAUCAAUUUACUUCGUCACGGCCAUCAGAACGAUAUACAACUUCUAAGCAGCCUGUGGAAUCUUCAGUUACACCAAAUCCAUAUAAUACUCAAAGACCUAAUACAUUUGCUCCUGAUAAGCCAACUCCAUCAAUUUUUAUCGGCCCACCUGUGUCAGCACCUCCGCAACCAAGUGUAGUUGUUGAAACAGAAUUUCCUGGCUCACCACGACCAUUUGUAUACGUACGUCCGACUCCACCAAAACGUCCUUCAAAUCAACAAUCUUCUAAACCCGGAUCUUAUAAUACAUAUCCUUCUCGACCUGGAUCAAAACAACCUUCUAACAGACCCGGUACACAAAUAAAUCAAAUUUCUACAGGGCCAUUUUUCAAUCAGCCUUCACGCCAACCUGUAUCUUAUAUUCCACCAUCACCAUUCGGUAAGACCCCUGUACAUUCAGAUUCAAAUGUACGGCUAACGACACCAACACCAUUUGCAUCAACUCAAAUACUUCCAAAUCUAACUACAAGAUCACCGUUUCUGCCAAAUGAAAAACCAAAGCAGCCCGCUCCUCAAAGACCAACACAACCACGACAACCUGUAACUUAUGUCCCUCCAUAUUCUUCAACUCAGGCGCCAAUAACUCGUGGUCCAGAUAGAAGACCCACUCCUCCAGCAUUUGGAACGUCUAUUCAACCGUUCUCUCAAAAAAUACCGGGACCACAGACACUUGCGCCAAUAACUCAAUCAUUUCCAACAUCAACUCCUAGACCAGUACGACCUUCAUCAUACGCUCCUGAUCAAAGACCUGCAUCAUCUCUUCGACCUUUGCCAUAUCUACCACCAAAAGUGACGAGUCCUCCAUCAAGUUUUACAACGCAAGCACCGACUUCGCGUCCACGACCAACUAUUUCCCCUUAUCAAACAACUGAAAAAUUCUUUACAUCUGCACCAACGCAAAAACCAAACCCUCCAAUAUUUUUCACAAUACCGCAAUUAACUACUUUUACUUCUAAACCGACAAGUAUAAAAUCGUCUGAGUAUUUGCCACCAGUAAUAUCAUCGACUAGUGCUUCAAAUCAAUUCAAUGAACCAACUAGAGUAACUUCUUCGACAUUUAAGCCUCCCACUACAAAAUUCAAUUCGCAAGUAACGCAAAGACCAACAGAAUCUUCCUUGACUCACAUAAAUACAAAUAAUCAAUUGAGUACGAAAUCACCUCCGUAUUUGCCUCCCUCGACACCUAGAAUAACUCGUGUAACUGUUACAGCUCCACCUCCUCCGACGCCAAAAUACUAUACAACUAUACGUACAUCGUCGUACCCACCACCAACUGGUCGUCCUGCUCCACUUCCGACUCUCCCACCAAGUACUACGAAAUCAGUACAAGGAUACAAUUAUCCAAUUCCAGACAUUCCCUUUUUCUUUCGAAAACGCUAAUCAUUACAUGUAAUCACCAUGCAUCACAUUACAUUUUAUAAAUGACUGGAUAUUCCGUUAUCAAAGAAUCUUUUGUGAAAAAUUAUAAAUUUAUUUAUAAUAAAAAAAGAUAUCUCUAUAAGUCAAUGAUCGACAGAAUAAAAUAUUGUACGAAUGUUAGAAUCUCAAAUACUCAAUUUUGAGUAUUGCGAUUUGGUAGAUGUCGAUGGAAUGCUAAAGAUCAAAUUAUAAAUAUGUUUGAGACCUAAGUAAA